GUUUCGAUACAAAUCAAAACUCUCUCUCUCUCAUUAGAAGUGUGAAGAAAUGGAUCCAGUGUUACCCAUUGUGGCGCUGUCGCUUUUGUUGGGUGCCAUAAUUGCCUUCGUCUUCUUCAACACUUACUUUCGCAAGCGCCAAUCGGAGGUCCGAUCCAUUGCAAAUCCGGAUCCGAACCCAAUAUCCUCCAAACCCCCUCCUCCCAAGAAAUCUCACUCCAAACCCCAUUCCUCUGAUAAGGAUCAAAACAAGCGGCAUCAUCCGUUGGAUUUGAACACCUUGAAAGGCCAUGGAGAUGCAGUUACAGGCAUAUGCUUCUCCCCUGAUGGCCGAAAUUUAGCAACAGCUUGUGCUGAUGGAGUGGUGAGAGUAUUUAAGUUGGAUGAUGCUUCAAGUAAAAGUUUCAAGUUUCAUAGAAUUAAUUUGCCUGCUGGAAGUCAUCCAACGGCAGUUACAUUUUCUGAUGAUGCAUCAUCCAUGGUUGUGGCAUCUAAUACGCUCUCUGGUUGUUCAUUAUACAUGUAUGGAGAAGAGAAACCUAAAACUUCUGAAAAUAAGCCACAAACAAAGCUUCCUCUCCCUGAUAUUAAGUGGGAACAUCACAAAGUUCAUGAUAAAAAAGCAAUAUUGACUCUGUAUGGAACCUCCGCAAGUUAUGGCAGUGCUGAUGGAAGUACAAUUAUUGUCUCAUGUUCAGAAGGGACUGACAUCAUUCUUUGGCAUGGAAAAACUGGGAAGAAUGUGGGGCAUGUGGAUACAAAUCAAUUGAAAAAUAACAUGGCUGGCAUAUCACCCAAUGGACGUUUUAUUGCAGCUGCAGCAUUUACUGCAGAUGUUAAGGUGUGGGAGAUUGUAUAUGCAAAGGAUGGAUCUGUCAAGGAAGUUUCAAAAGCUAUGCAGCUUAAGGGGCAUAAGAGUGCAGUGACUUGGUUAUGCUUUGCCCCAAACUCCGAGCAAAUAAUCACAGCAUCUAAGGAUGGUUCAAUAAGAAUCUGGAAUAUCAAUGUUCGCUAUCAUCUUGAUGAGGAUCCAAAGACACUGAAGGUGUUCCCGAUUCCUCUUCAUGAUUCUACCGGUACUACAUUGCACUAUGAUCGCCUUAGUAUUUCCCCUGAUGGAAAAUUUUUGGCUGCAACCCAUGGUUCAACAUUGCAGUGGUUAUGUGUUGAGACUGGAAGGGUUUUGGAUACAGCUGAAAAAGCCCAUGAUGGUGACAUUACAUGCAUUUCAUGGGCUCCUAAAACUGUUCCAAUGGGAAAUGAACAAGUCUUGGUUUUAGCCACAGCCAGUUCUGACAAGAAAGUCAAGUUGUGGGCAUCUCCAUCGAUCCUCUAAUCCUGAAUGCACCAAUUGCCAUCGUAGCAUGCCUGAGUACUUAAUGACAAGUAAUUUAUGUUGAAGAGAGAUGCUUCAAAAGUUCUCAGCUUUGGUCUCUUCCUCUUUGGUUGUUCAGUCAUUUUUACAACUUGAUUAAAGCUUGCAUAAUAUCAUGCAAAGUUGAAUGACAAAACCAGGAUGAGCUGAAAUCGGUGCACAAGUCGUUCUGUUGCUGCUUAGCUUAGACUUGAAUCUUACACCGAAUUUUGUGACAAAUAAUUUGUAUACGCAUAUAGAUAAUGUUGUUGGUUUUGGUUGUGCUAAUGAGUCUGACGUGAAUGAUGAGGGUGAUGAGAGAAUAGUGCUAAUGUUAGUAUCUAUGGAAGAUGACAUAUUGGACAUGUUGCUAGUGGCAACAGUAUGUCCCUUAUUUAAAAAACUUUUUCAUAUUUUCUGCACCAUGGUGAAGACAUUAUUAUACCUUUUCAAGUUUCAAAUCUUGGAGAUGGUUUGAUU